GACGGCUCUAUUGGUCUGAUCAAGGCGGGCGAGUACUUGCGCGGCCAAAGCGACGGUGCAGGCAUUUGGGAAGAUGAGGAAGAGCGCCGGUUUUACGAGAACCUCAUCGACCUGAAAGACCGCGUUCCGGGAAUCCUGCUCGAGGAAGUCAAGAAAAAGAAGGUCGACGGCGAUGAGCAGGUUGGCAAGAAGAUUGAAGCCAAGGCCGACAGUCCUGACAAAGAAGCUGCGGAUACUGCUGCAGAAAGCAAAGCAGCCGACGGGGAUGAUCAGUCUACCGCCAUCGCCAACAAGUCUGUCGGAGCACAGGUCGAUGCUCUUUUAGCACGCCUCCCCGAACUUGCGAGCAAGGAUGCAGUUGACCAAACCGCAAUGGACUUUUGUUUCUUGAACUCAAAGGCUUCGCGCAACCGCCUCAUAAAGGCGGUUCAGGAAAUCCCCAAAGGACGGUCCGACUUGCUGCCUCUGUAUUCCAGGCUCAUUGCAACACUCGGAAAGUACAUGCCUGAUGUCCCACAAGGCCUGGUGUCCUACCUAGACGAGGAGUUUAGAAGCCUGCAACGGCGUAAAUCCAAAGACUUCCUAGGCCAAGUGCGGACACAGAAUGUUCGCUAUCUCGCAGAGUUGACCAAGUUUGGCGUUGUUCCUGAGCACGUCAUCUUCCAUUGUCUCAAGGUCAGCUUGGAUGACUUUUCACGCAUGAACAUUGAGAUUAUUUGCAACUUGCUGGAGAAUUGCGGGCGCUAUCUCCUCCGCAACCCAGAAACUUCUCCUCGGAUGGCCUCCUUUUUAGAGACGCUCCAACGCAAGAAGGCUGCUCAGGUUAUCGGUCAGCAGGAGCGGAUGCUGAUUGAAAACGCCGUAUACUACGUAAACCCUCCCCAGCGCGCCGCAAUCGAACAAAAAGAGCGCACUCCGGUUGAACUCUUCCUACGUAAGAUCAUGUACCAGGAUCUAACCCGCCGCUCAUUGGACAAGACUAUCAAACAAGUCCGCAAGAUGCACUGGGAAGAGGAAGACGUGGUCAGUAUCCUCCACAAAGUGUUUGCGAAGCCUGGAAAGAUCAAGUAUAGCAACAUUCAUCUUCUGGCCGUCAUGCUGGGCACCAUCCAUCGUUUUCACCAAGACUUUGCCAUCUCCGUCGUCGAUGAUCUUCUCGAGUCGAUUACCUUUGGCCUAGAAUUGAACGACUUCAAGUUCAAUCAGCGAAGAAUCUCCGAGGUCAAGUACCUCGGUGAACUAUACAUCUAUCGGCUAGUCGAUUCGCCUCUGAUUUUCGACACGCUGUACAAGCUCUUGAACUACGGCUGGGAAGGCGGGUAUAUCCGGCCUGGAGUGUACAAUCCCUUGGAUCUUCCAGACGACUACUUUCGCAUUCGCCUGGUCUGUAAUCUCUUGGAAACAUGCGGCAUGUACUACGACAAGGGUGCUGCCAAGAAGAAGCUCGACUUCUUCCUCACCUUUUUGCAGUACUACGUCUGCAUGAAGGAGGCACUGCCCAUGGAUGUCGAGUUCAUUGUGCAGGAUGCAUACAACCUUGUUCGACCCCAGUGGAAGAUGAUCACCGACCCGGAAGAAGCUUCACAUGCUUUUGCUGAAGCUGUCAAGCAAAACUACCAGACAACAGCAACCGACAAGCCAGUGGAGCCUGACGAGGACGACGUCUCUGCUUCUGACGAUGAUAUAGACGGUCCUGAAGAUGAAGAUGUGGAUAUGCCAGAAGGUGAAGGCGAUAAAUCAUCCGACGAAGAGGAAGACGAGUCAGAGGAUGAAGAGCCUGUCAAGCAAGCUUCGUCGGACGAAGAGGAAGAACAUAUUGUGGUAACUCGCCAGGAGGAUGAACGCGAUCCUGAGGCGGAUGCUGAGUUCGACCGCGAGCUUGCCAAGCUCAUGUCGGAGAGCGCAGAAUCACGCAAGCAUGACCGAAAACCUGUAUUUGACGUGCCACUACCCAUGCGCCGUGCUCGAGAGGCUCCAGUCAAUGCCGAAGACAGUGGUAACGAGGCGCCUGCUUCAGUUGCUCCGCCUUCGUCUCAGACGAUGAAAUUCUCGUUGCUUAGCAAGCGUGGCAACCGAACGCAGACGCGAUCUAUUGACUUACCUUCAGACUCGACAUUUGCUGUUGCUAUGCGUAACAAGCAACAGGCCGACACAGAGGAACGGCAGCGCAUCAAGAGCCUCGUCCUGAACUACAACGAAGCUCGCGAGGAUGCCGAUGAUUCGACUGGUGAUACACCAUUUCUUUACACCCUUCAACCCAACACCAAUAGAAAGUAUACUGAAACUUAUAAAGGUCUGGACAAGACUCCAAAUCCAUAUGCGCAGCCGCGCCUCGACAAAGCUGGCACCAAUCGCAGCAACCAACGUGCACGAAAGCUGCAGCUCUCAGACGUCAACUGGUAUGACACCCACUCUUCCCCUCGAGAGAGUCGCUUUGGGUCUCGCACAACGUCUAGUCUUGCGUAUACUCCGCUGUCGGCGAUGGUAUCGAAGCGUUAA